AUGCCCACUCAUUCAAACAACCUGGAAGUCGCCCGGAUCUCGCUAUGGACUCUCUCAAUUCUCCGAACCAGGUUGAAUGCCCCCCGCAACCUAAGCAAUUCGCGUGCAAACAAUGCCGCGCUAGAAAGCUAUGUGGCAGAUACUCCCGAGCCAUUGGUUGGCCAAGACUUGACUGAGGCUGGAAUCAAGAGGCGGAGGAUUCUGCGCGCGUGUGAUUCUUGCCGGUUGGCGAAGGCCAAGUGUUCGGGGACAAAGCCUUGUGCCCGAUGCCAAGCACAAAGACACGAAUGUCAAUUCGGGGGUAGUCAUGCAGUAUCAAGUUUCAACAUUGGUACAGAGUCGCCUAUGCCUUCGGCAAGUACUCUCCCAACAGGACAUGGAUCAAUCCCCAGUCAGGAUUCCUCAAUGGACAUAUCCAAUGUCGUGGCUGAAGAUGCUGGCCGGAUAUUUAACCACGAAAAUCGAGAUAUGAUCAAACAAUACCUUGAUACAUAUUUUGACAACAUCGACAUCGCAGACUGUAUAUUCCUGCAUCGAGCCACUACAAUUGCUGAGUGGAGUCAAGGGAAACUCGAUACCACACUACUGAAAGCCAUUUGUGCUUCCGCAAUACGGCUUUCACCUAUCCAAGGACGAGAUAGUGCAACAGCGAAUACGUGGAUGACGCAAGUUCAGCACGCGUUGGUUAACAACAUGGGCGAUAUGUCAGUACCCAAACUUCAAGCUUUGAUGCUUGUUGUCAAGUUUCUUUCUUCGAUGCGCUUUGCCGGGGACGUUUGGAUGUUACUCUCUGUUGCCUCCAGGGUCGCGUUCACAAAACGACUCAAUUAUGAACGUCCAUCUAUUGAUCCUGUUAGACAAGAAUGUCUUCGACGAAUAAUGUGGUCAAUAUAUGCAGUUGACAAGAUCUUCUCCGGGGGUAUUGAAGAUUUGACCGUUUGUCCAACACAAAGAAUACACAUUAGACUCCCUUGCAGCCAACAUGACUUCCAACUUGGAUUAAAGUCCAAGGCGCCUUUCCUGGGAAUAAAAAACGACAGGGAUACUGAUCUGAAUUCGUUGGCAAAUCUGUUCCGGCUGUAUGACAUUCGCGAUAGAGUCCUAAGAUACACUCGACACGUUAUUCUCAGUGGAAGAACUCCCUAUGACAGCCGUGGACAGUUACGCUCGCUAGAUCUCGAACUUGCGUCUUUCGAGAAGUCCUUGCCUGAAGAGCUGCAGCGGGAUGACAAUAGACUCAUGCUAAUGUGUUAUUCAGAUGAGGCACGCACGUACACAACACUCCAUACUGUUUUGUUGAGUUCUCGUUGUGAUCUUCAUCGAUUCUUGACCCCAGGUAUUAGAGAAGCGGUAUCACCCAAGGCAGUGGAUCAAACACCAAGAGCAUACAUAGAGUAUUGCCAACGUCAGUGUCUCCAGACCGCCUUACGAUUUAUCGACAUGUGGUCUAAAGUUCGACACAUGGGGACAAAGAGUCAUCUUGGAACCACCACAUUUUCUGUAGUGAUGUAUCAAUUCGUCAAGAUGAUCGAUAGUUUAGCCAGUUUGCUUCCUUCGAGUGGAGAAUCUUCUCUGCCAGUCAUUAAGCAAAAACUCACUGAGAUCUUACUUAUUAUAUCUCAAAACCAACCCGAGGCCGAGUUGAUUGCCUCUUGUGUCACUGACAUUGAGAAUCUCAUAUCAAGAUUGGGGACAAGAUAUAUAUCACCCAGCUCACCAAGUGCAUCUCCUGGAGCACUACGGCUACAAGAAAAGCUGCAUCGUCGCUCUAAGCAUGCUUUUGCACCGGAAGAUGAGGAAGAAGAAGAUCCCGCUGUCAGAGCUCAGGACCCAAGUUUAGAUGAGAGCCUGUGUCACCCAGAUAUUGGAUCUCGGAUUCCCUUUGGACCUGUUUGA